GGUUCCGUGGGCGAGACUAUAGGAUUUGAGGAGUGCAAAUCUCCACCGCACAUUAAUGUUUACGACGAUGCUCUCCUUUCUCCAUUCCUCCGAACCAACGUAUUCUUCUUCACUAACUUCCUCCUCCCUUUCCCGUUUAGCUUCAACUUUUCCGGCCACCGCCCCCGCCGCCCUUGCCGUCGUAGUUACUUUCAGAGUCGAUCCUUCUCUUUCACGUCUCGUCAUCCCCACCACCAAAUCAACCAUCUCUUCCUCAGAUACUAUUACUUAUCCUCCCAAACAUUUUCGGUCCGCGUUCAGAAAUUAUUAUUCCAAUUCCGAUUCCACAUUCUCAGAUAGUGACGACAAUGGCGAUUACUCUGACGCCUCAGAAUCUGAAACGAGUUUUGACGACGGUGGUGGCUUAAGUAUCCAAAUCGAGAAGUUGGGUAGCAACUCUCGCAGAAUUUACUCGAGGAUUGGUAUUGAUGCCCCACUCCAGGCCGUGUGGAAUAUCUUGACUGAUUAUGAGAGAUUGGCAGAUUUCAUACCUGGGCUUGCUCUCAGCCAAAUACUUUUUAAGAUUGGCAACCAUGUCCGACUGUUUCAGGUUGGAGAGCAAAACUUGGCCUUUGGUUUGAAAUUUAAUGCUAAAGGCAUCAUAGAUUGUUAUGAGAAUGAUCUUGAAAGACUUCCAUUGGGUAAAAGACGAGUUAUCAAAUUCAAGAUGAUUGAAGGUGACUUUGAACUCUUUGAGGGAGAAUGGUCAAUUGAGCAGCUUGAUGAAGAUGAUAACUUGCAAGAUCAAGAAAUACAUUCAAUUCUAUCGUAUAGGGUUGAUGUAAAGCCAAAGCUUCUGUUGCCCGUUCGACUUCUUGAGGGCCGGCUUUGUGGUGAGAUAAAGGCUAACCUAAUAUGUAUUCGAGAAGAAGUACAUAAAACCAGUUCAACCACCUCUUAAUGGAUUGGAUUCGAUUCUUCCCACAUUUAUAAUGUAACUACCCUAGAAUCACAUUUAUACCGACUGCAAUGGUAUAAAUUCCUUUGAUCAAAUUAGUUUCAUCACAAAUUCUUGCCAAAAACUACAUUGGAUUUGUCAUUUUCCAACACAAACAAAUGGGUAUAGUGUAUUCUUCAUCAUUCA